CUCAAGUCCAGUAGUUGACAAGUUAUUGGAAGCAGCUUUGCCCUCAUCGCACGCAUAAUAACUGGGGUCAGCAGUUCAAUAGCUGUCCCAACUGUUCACAUAGUUCACAUAGUUAUCGCGAAAUGAAUUAUUACGACGAAGAAAUCACUAUAAACGGAGCCGACACGAAGAACCUAAAUCACUUUAGAAUGGAUCGAAUGCCAAGCACCAGCAGCGGUCGCAAUAUUGGCACGGCAAAUUCACAACGCUUAACUGCCGCAUCCAGUAGUCGUGCUGCUACUCUGCGUCAAAGAAAUUUGCACGGCAGUUCCACUGACGAUGAUGGCCUGUUGCAGGACAUUAUUGAUCACGACGACGAGGAUGAUGACGACGAUGACGACGAUGAUGUAAGCGAAAUGCAACACGCACAGCUCACCAACGAAGCAGCAGCCGGUGGCACAGCCAAUCAACGCCCACAGACACGCCCAGGCAGCAUACGCAGCGCAGCGAAGUCUCUAUCAGCAGCAAAACCACCAGCGCGCGCUGGACCUCUGAUUGUGCCAUCCGAAAGUGAAUCCGAUGAGGCCGUGUCGCCGCAACCGCAUCUCGAGGCCAUGGAAGGGACAGGUGACGCCACACGCGUAUCUGCGCCAGAGGUGCAACUUUCCAUCAAGCCAGAGCAAUGGGAUAAAUUAACUGUGCAUCAAGAACUAAAAGAUCUCUUUCCGAAUAUACUAAAAUAUACGCCACAGUGUAUUGACACGCCUUAUCGCCUGCAACCAUUCAUACCGGACUUUGUGCCAUCGGUGGGCGACGUGGAUGCUUUUCUCAAAGUCACUACACCACCACUGCUGAAACCCCAACGUAAGCAGGAAAUCAAUGAUUUCUUGUAUAAAAUGGGUCUUUAUGUGCUCGACGAGCCCUCGGGUGAUCAAUCGGAACCGAGUUUGCUCAAUAUGAAAUUGCGCUCGGUGCUCAGUGGAAGCGUUGCUAAGGCGCGCACCACGUCAGCUUCUCUGAUUCCGACAGCUAAAUCGCCCAAAGAUCUCGACAAGUGGAUCAACGAGGUUGAGAAGUUGCAUAUGACACAAAUGGUGAACGAUGUACAGCCGCGGAAGGAGAUCGAGCCGUUGUUGCUCAACUGGCCGCGCUCAUAUGCCGAUGCAAGUGGUGCUGUGCAACAAGCUUAUCAGCGUUGCCUGGAAGAUGGAGAUAUUGCGCAUUAUGUGCGCACGUUGUGCCAGCAUUUCGAGGUGGAGGGGCCCGCUGAAACACAAGUGGAUUACAUACUGAACGUACAGACGCUAUUUGCUUUGUAUUUGGCAGCCAAUCAGGCGUGGGAGUAA